AUGGCGUCUCCGCCGCCGCCUCCUCCUCCUCCUCUCCUCCUCAUCCCCAAGCCCGACCCCGACGCCCCGCCCGCGCCCAAGGGCGACCCCCUACUACCCCCGCUCCCUCCUUACCACCCCGAGCUCUUCCACCUCCUCCGCCAGGACCACCCCGACCUCGCCGCGCAAUGGCUGCUGCUCUCCACCCAAUCCCAAUCCCAGUCCCAGUCCCAGUCCCAGCCCGACCCCUCCUCCUCCGCCGCCGCCAAGAAGCGCGCCCGCAAGGAGAUGGUGCGCAUCACCAACCUCAGCAUCCCCGACCACCUCCACUACCGCUCCCUCGUCCGCCGCACCCGCCUCACCUUCGAGGCCCUCCGCGCCGUCUACCAGCGACAGGACCAGGCCACCGCCCGCAACCGAUCCGACCUGCGCGCCUCCAGCCAAAUGCUCUCCAAGGGCCUCUGGAUGCACCGCGGCGUCCGCGUCGUCGGCUCCAUCCCCGGCGUCCAGGUCGGAGACGCCUUCUUCUACCGCGCCGAGCUCUGCGUCCUCGGCCUCCACACCGCUCCGCAGGCCGGCAUUGCCUACAUACCCGACAGCAUUGUCGGCCAGAACGACUGCCCCAUCGCCACCAGCAUCGUCUCCUCCGGCGGAUACCUUGACGACGACGACAGCGCCACCGGCAACGUCCUCGUCUACACGGGGAGCGGCGGCCGCCCGCGCAACCGCGUACACCACAGCGCCGACCAGACGCUCGAGCGCGGCAACCUGGCGCUGCACAACAGCUGCCUCUACGGCAUCGAGGUGCGCGUCGUUCGUGGCCACGCCUGUGACAACAGCCCCAGCCGCAAGGUCUACGUCUACGACGGCCUCUACAGAGUCGCCAAGUCCACCAUCGGCCCUGGCAAGUCCGGCCGCGACGUCUGCAAGUUCACGCUCCUGCGCCUCGACGGCCAGGACGACAUCGGCAGCAAGACCUGGCGUGACGCAAAGGAGCUCAAGCAAGUCCUGGACGCCAGGAUCCGCCCGCCCAAGUACAUCUCGCUGGACAUUGCCAAGGGGAAGGAGCUGUUCCGCGUGCCAGUCUACAACAACCUCGAUGACGAUCGGAUGCCCCUCUUGUACGACUACAUUUGCCGUCCCGACUUCCCCGGGCUGGUCAAGCGCCAGAGGGGAUGCCACUGUGCGGAGGCGUGUGGCUCCAGGUGCAGCUGUGAGCGCAAGAACAGGGGGCCGUCUCCCGUCUACACCUUGGAUGGCAUCCUCCUCCGUGGACGCCCUGUCGUGUAUGAGUGUGGAGACCAGUGUGGGUGCCCCUUGACCUGCCCCAACCGACUCACACAGCGAGGGAUGAAGCACCGGUUGGAGGUGUUCCGCUCCAAGGAGACCGGCUGGGGUGUCAGGACGCUGGACCUCAUACAGCCUGGUGCCUUCGUGUGCGAGUACGCCGGUGAUGUGCUCUCCCUGGACAAGCCACCUCCACCGGACGGCAGCUUCGUCUUCGACCCGACCAAGUUCCCCGAGAGAUGGAGGGAGUGGGGAGAUGCAUCCGCCGUGUUCCCAGACAAGGGACCCCAGUUUUCCUCUUUCACAGGGGUCCGCUACCGACUCGACGUGUCCAAGAGGAGGAAUUUGGCUGGCUACAUCUGCCACAGUCGCACUCCCAAUGUCUUCCUCCAGUAUGUUGUCCGUGGCAAUGAGGAUGAAGCUUACCCUCACCUGAUGGUGUUUGCCAUGGAGACUAUCCCACCAAUGAGAGAUCUGAACAUCGACUAUGGCUUAAGCUAGUAUCCAUGAAAGGGGAAGGAGAGGCUGGUUUUGGGGAGCUGUUUACCCUUGCCUUGCUCUAUUGUUCUAUUUCUUCUGGUAACCACUUGCUGUAUCCACAAUUAUCCAAUGCCAAUACAGCCUUUUGAGAUCAUUAGAAGAGUAUCUUGGUUUGGAAAAACUAUAUGUGCCUUGGGACAAACUGUGAUAACUACUAACUGAUCACUGAAUCAGUCGGUCUUGAUAUUUAUAAUUACUGUGUUGCAUGGAAGAUAUAUUAGAGAUUUGACUUACAGUAAACAUUCUUAGUGGACAAUGGUAUUGUGAAGGACCUGGUAUAUUUUUGAAGCCUGCAAGCACUGAACCAAGGACUGUUCUGCAUUACGAAUCUAUGUGAGAGUAAAAUGUAAAACUUUGAGAUAAU